GGAAUCGCUGUUAGAUGUCGACGUGUAAAAUUCGCCUCGGGAAAAUCGAAAAAUAAUGAAAUUUUUAUUAGUGAAAUCGUUGAUUAGGCUUACGCGGCUUAAUUAAUUGAACCAGCGCCAUGGCACAAUAACGUUUACAUUUUUAAAUCCGCACUGUGAUACUUUUUAAGACUAGUUUUUAAUGUACAUAAAAUGUUGGUGGGCAAAUUGAGAAUACACACUUGCAGGGUGAUCCUGCUCACCUCCCUUGUAUGGUUCCUGGUGGACGUGGUUAUAUUGAGUUUUUACUCGGAAUGUUUGGGGGGCUCCUGUAAACAAGCCAAAAGCCCUGAGGCUCAGGCCCUAAUUGACGAGGGCAAAGACUACGAUCCUGCUUUUGGGGAGAACAAAAUUGAAGAAAUCGUAGAAGCCAGAAGGGAUUUACAAGGCGAAUCUUUCAAUCACCAAGGAGUUUCCAUUACCUACCAUCCAACGAAUUUGAAAAAGUGGCGCUCUGCCCCCGUAGUGCUUCCAGUACCGGGACAACCGGGCGAAAACGGCAAAGCGGUGCACAUUCCUCCCGAACAAGAGGAACUGAUGAAGGAAAAAUUCAAAUUGAACCAAUUCAAUUUGCUAGCCAGCGAUAUGAUUUCUCUGAAUCGGUCCUUGCAAGAUGUACGAUUAGAUGGUUGCAGAAGCAAAGUUUAUCCCAGGCUUCUGCCCACCACUUCCAUAGUCAUAGUUUUUCACAAUGAGGCUUGGAGCACUCUUUUGAGGACGGUUUGGAGUGUGAUAAAUCGAUCCCCGAAGGCUUUGUUAAAGGAAAUUAUACUUGUGGAUGAUGCUAGUGAAAGAGAUUAUUUGGGUAAAAAACUCGAAGAAUACGUAAAAGACUUGCCAGUACCCGUAUACGUUCUGCGAACCGAAAAACGAUCCGGAUUAAUCAGAGCCCGAUUACUAGGAGCUGAAAAAGUGACUGGACAAGUUAUCACUUUUCUAGACGCCCACUGUGAGUGUACAGAAGGUUGGCUGGAACCGCUUCUGGCCCGAAUAGUGGAAAACCGAAAAACCGUAGUCUGUCCAAUAAUAGACGUGAUUUCCGAUGAAAGUUUCGAGUAUAUCACCGCUUCAGACAUGACGUGGGGCGGCUUCAAUUGGAAAUUAAACUUCAGAUGGUACCGGGUAUCGCAAAGAGAAAUGGAUAGACGAAAAGGGGACAGGACGGCACCUUUAAGAACCCCGACAAUGGCCGGAGGCCUAUUUUCAAUAGACAAAGAUUAUUUCUAUGAAAUUGGCUCAUACGAUGAAGGAAUGGACAUAUGGGGUGGUGAGAAUUUAGAGAUGAGCUUUAGGGUUUGGCAAUGCGGCGGCGUACUAGAAAUAUCUACGUGUUCGCACGUUGGUCACGUAUUUCGUGGCACUUCACCCUAUUCUUUCCCGGGGGGCGUCUCUAACAUAAUUCUAAAAAACACCGCCAGGGUCGCCGAAGUCUGGAUGGAUCAGUGGAAAGACUUUUAUUAUGUCAUGACACCAGGUGCCAGAAACGUAGCCGUAGGCGACGUUUCAAAACGCAGAGAGCUCAGAGCGAAGUUGCACUGCAAAAGCUUUCGCUGGUACUUGGAAAACAUCUAUCCGGAAUCCCAAAUGCCUUUGGACUAUUAUUAUUUGGGUGAUAUUCGUAAUUUGGAAAGCAGAAACUGUUUGGAUACUAUGGGUAGAAAAUCUGGAGAAAAUCUAGGCAUGACUUAUUGUCAUAAUAUGGGCGGUAAUCAAGUAUUCGCCUACACGAAAAGGCAACAAAUAAUGAACGACGAUAAUUGUUUGGAUGCCAACAGCAAAAAUGGCCCUGUCAAGUUGGUAAGAUGUCACGGCAUGGGCGGUAAUCAAGCUUGGGUUUACGACGAAGUGGACAAAACAAUUAAGCACGUGAAUACGGGCAGUUGCCUGCAAAAACCUGACUCAAGCGAUGUUAAUUUGCCUUUACUAAGGCCCUGCAACUACGGAGAGGGCCAGCAAUGGAUAAUGGAGAGCGAUUUCAAGUGGCAAGCGAAAAACCAGCACGAGGAAGAAAGAUGAGUGUGCGUGAGUGAGUGAAAUGUUUGGCAAGAAUUGCCAAAAAAAAAAAAAAGAACUAGAGUUCCUUGAAUUAAUUGAAUUAUUGGUUGAGAAGUGCCAGUAAUAUUCUCUCCAAUUAGUAUUUAUUUUUCUACAACAUAUCCUGCAUUUUGUUUUUUUUGUGUGUAUUGUAACUUAUUUAAUUGUAACAUUCCAGCUGUUAUCUUCCAUUAAUAUUGUAUAGUAAUGUAUCUUGACUGCCAUUUGUAAAUAAUCUGGACAAUUUUAAAUACGUAUAUUGACAAUCUGGCAGCAAUAGACAAUAGACAGAGAAAACAUUGCCAAAAUUUUGAAGAUCUGAUUUGGCAAAAAAUACGUGCAUAUCAGAAAUUUUGAUUCAGCAAUAAGAGUGAUAUUGUAGAAGGUGUUUUCGGCAACUAUAUUACGCAUUUUGGCAAAUAAUCGCCAUCUUGUUGUAUUUUGUACAGGGUUAAAUAUUUGACUUUUUUAUUUUGUUAAAUAGCAUUCAUGAGAAAAAUUGUUCUCAGUGUGGGCUUCUUAAGUUAAGUCUUUCAUAUCAGUUUUCUUUUUUUAGAAGAGGGUAAUCACUAUGUAAAAUUCCCUCAGUAAAAGUUUUAUGUUAUGUAAAAUAUAAACUGACAUAUCAGUAAGUGAAAGUGUCGAGGUGCACUUUUCUUUUAUAAAUAUUAUAAUUAUUUACGUUUUUGUACUGUUUUUUGUUGUAAAAUAUUUAAAUUUUGUUGAUUCCUAACUUUUUCGUAGGCUAGGUGGUGGUGCAAUCCAGGCUUAUUUUAAAUUUAAAAAAAUUUAAUAUAGGAAAUUUAAUUAUUGAA